UACUAAUAUCAUAGUCACAAGAAUGCUUAGAACAUUGCGUAAUGUUUCUGGAAGAGCUCUAAGAAUUCCCAAGUUGGUAAGGAACCAACACACGGUGGUUGUGGGAAUUGAUCUUGGAACGACGAACUCUGCAGUUGCAGUAGUUGAGAAUGAAGAGGCCAAAAUAUUGGAGAAUGAAGAUGGUUCAAGAACUACACCAUCUGUUGUGGCAUACACCAAGGACCAAGGAAUACUUGUAGGAGCUCCUGCCAAGAGACAAGCCGUGGUGAAUCCUCAGAACACAUUUUUUGCUACCAAGAGACUCCUUGGUCGGAAGUAUGCUGAUGAAGAAGUUCAAAGAGAUUUGAACAAUACACCAUACCUGGUGGUCCCACAUGACAAUGGUGACGCUUGGUUACAAACGGUUGAUGGUAAGACAUUACCUCCAUCACAAAUCAGUGGGUUUAUCCUUCAAAAAAUGAAAUCUGUAGCGGAACAACAAUUGGGACAAAAGCUUAAACAUGCAGUUGUGACCGUUCCUGCUUAUUUCAACGAUUCACAACGUCAAGCUACGAAGAAUGCCGGGAAAAUCGUUGGACUUGAUGUUGUUCGGGUAAUUAAUGAGCCCACAGCAGCAGCCUUGGCGUAUGGGAUUGAUAAGAAACAACUGGACGGUGUGGUUGCAGUUUUCGACUUGGGAGGUGGUACGUUUGAUAUUUCCAUCUUGGAUAUUGAAGAUGGAGUAUUUGAAGUCAGAGCAACCAAUGGGAACACACAUUUAGGAGGAGAAGAUUUGGAUGUCAUUUUAUUACAUAAGAUUCUUGACCAUUUCAAAGAACAAUCAGGAGGGAUUGACCUUAGACGUGAUAGACUUGCAGUUCAAAGAGUUCGUGAGGCUGCAGAAAGAGCGAAAAUCGAACUCUCCACCGUAAAGACUACCGAGAUCAAUAUCCCAUUCAUAUCAGGCGAUAAACAUAUCAAGAUGACAUUGACAGAAGAUCAAUUAGACGAAAUGGCUGCAGGUCUUAUUGCCAAGACCAUUGAUCCCGUUAAGAAAUGUAUCCGUGACGCCGAGUUGAAGGUCCGUGACAUUGAUGAAGUGUUGCUUGUUGGGGGGAUGACUAGAAUGCCUAAAAUCAGAACCACGGUUGAAGAAUUGUUUCAAAGGAAGCCAAGUACAGCAGUGAAUCCAGAUGAGGCUGUUGCCCUUGGAGCUGCCAUUCAAGGUGCUGUCAUCAGUGGACAAAUUAAGAAUGUAGUAUUAUUGGAUGUGACUCCCUUAUCGCUUGGAAUUGAAACUUAUGGUGGGAUCUUCAGUCCUCUCAUUCCCCGUAAUAGUGCGGUUCCAGUGAAUAAAGAACAAAUUUUCUCAACUGCUGUGGAUGGUCAAACUGGAGUAGAAAUUCGUGUUUAUCAAGGUGAACGGUCCUUGGUUAGAGACAACAAAAUGAUUGGAAAUUUCAAAUUAUCUGGGAUUCCAAUUGCACUUAAGGGGGUCCCACAGAUUGCUGUUUCAUUUGCCAUUGAUGCCGAUGGUAUUAUCAAUGUAAGUGCCACAGACAAAACUCCUGGUGAUCCUAACUCACCUUCCGAUGCUGCUGCUGCAAACACUGUGUCCAUACAGGUUUCUGCUGAGACAGGAUUGACUGAGGAAGAAGUGCAACAAAUGGUACUGGACAGUGCUGCAAACUCUCAAAGAGAUGCUGAAACGAGAAAAAAGGUUGAACAUGCCACCCGGGCAGACAUUCUUUGUCUGGAUACUGAAAAUGCAUUAUUCAGAUUUGGAGAAGAAAUGGAGGAUUCAGAAGUUGAACAAAUCUCUUCAAUGGUAGCCAAACUUCGUGUCAAGAUAAACGAUGUUCGUGAGGGAAUCAGAGAUCACCCAGUACAAGAAAUCAAUGACGAAGUAAAUGCGAUCCAGAAGGUGUGUCUUGAAGCCAUUCAAAAGGUUGCCAUUAAGCAACAAAAGGAACAAGAAAAGAAGUGAUGACGGCCACAAUCGUCGUAUGUAAAUAGAUGUAAUAUUAGGAAUAUAUAUAUAUAUAUAUAUACAUAUUCA